AUGGCUGCAGAAUUGAGUGACUCGUCUACUAAGAAUGAGCCCGCGUGGUCACCUACUGAGAGGCCGGAGCCGCAUACAGACCCCGCAAACAAACCACUCGUCGCGAACGAACAAGAGUAUGACACAGAUAUCAGAGACGGAGAAGACGAUGGGCUCGUACAUAGAUCAGGUAACCCGAUAUGGAGUUUAUUCGCUUGGGAAUUUUUGGCAUUUAUCCUAUCGACCGCUCUUUUGAUCGCUAUUAUUGGGAUAUUAGCCCACUAUAAUCACCAGCCCCAGCCGAACUGGGAUCGCGUCUCGCUCAAUUCAGUGAUCUCCUGGCUCAGCACGCUAUCAAAGGCUUGUGUUAUUUUCUGCAUCAGUGAGGGCCUAGGACAAUUGAAAUGGGUAUGGUUUGCGCAAAAGCGCCGACCAAUAUCGGAUCUCCAAGAUUUUGACUCAGCCAGUCGGGGAAUAUGGGGUAGUCUGCGAUUAAUAUGGAGUUUGCGUGCAAGACAUUUUGCAGCCUCAGCCAGUCUAGCAGUCGUACUCGCCAUCGCCUUCGACCCUUUCAUGCAGAAUUUGAUACGCUAUUAUCCUAAGCUUGUUGUUGAUGGCUCGGAAACCGCUCUUACGGCGAGGGGCGAUCGAUACGAUAACUAUGGCGUACCAUCACAUCAUAUGACAUACGUUGAUACGGCAAUGAAGGCCAACGUAUACAACUCUUUAUUCAAUACCGAUCCGACGAAACCAUGGUCGACCCCUAAAUACACCUGCAGUACAGGAAAUUGUACUUGGGAUCCAAUGAUUGCUAUUCAGUGGGACUUCAAACUUCUUGUUGAGCCUUUCUCCACACCCAUCGUUAUUGGUUCAGGCCUGCCAUUGGUUUAUACAAAUUCAUCGCUUGAGGCCAUAAUGGGUCCUAUCCAGAUGAUUGGUCCUGAUUCGUUGGUUUCCUCGAAAAACCAUUCAUAUUCAAGAAAGACCAAAUGGCAGGCAAUCGAGUGCAUUAUUUACCCAGUCGCUCGUAGCUUUCGUGCAAGCGUGACUAGUGGUGUGUAUCACGAAGAGACACUUGGGGUUUGGGAAGAUAUAGACAGUUUGGUCAUCGAUCAAAAGACGGGCUACUUUUCCUUCAAACCUCCAUGGGGUCCGGAAAUGGGGAUGCAAAACAACCAGAGCCUAGAGAUCGGCUACUCGGCAUCUGACUCUAUGAGAGCUUUCUACAAAUUUCUUCUAGACGGAAAGGUAUUUGUCGAUCCAUGGGGUCCUCAGUACGAGACAAAUUCGGAAGCCAUAUACGCUACGGUUGAUGCCGUCCAAGCUGUAGCACAUGCUGAUAUCAUCGACUGCCCGUAUGACACGGUCCAGAAGCUUGAAUGUGCUAUGAAAAAUAUGGCCCAGGCGAUGACAAAAACCUUCCGCGAUGAUGGGGUGACAGCAUUAUCAUCUUCUACAAAUAACACCCAGGCUGUGGGCAAGGCGAUGAGCAACAUGACCUACGUAUCUGUGCGCUGGCAGUGGAUUGUUCUUCCAGCUCUGGUGUGGCUCUUGGGUCUUGUAACCAUCAUCGUGACUACAUCGAAAACUCGAAGAUAUAGGGCACCGGUGUGGAAAAAUGGAAUAAUGCCAUUGUUUGAUUUACAUGGUAAUUACCAGCAUAAGAUGAUACGGCAGGUUUCUGGCCAAGGUGAAAUUAUUCGAGUUUGA